GUUUGAAAUGUAGUUUUUUGUUUUAGCUAAUAAAAGUUUAUAAACAUGUCUCGUUUUCUUUUGAAAAAACGCCUCACGUGUAUCAAGAACUUUUCGUGUAACCACAGUGUGAUGACAAAUAGAAGUAAGCGUUCAACCUUUACUGAAGCUAUUAUAGAGCGUGAAGAAAAGUAUGGCGCGCUCAAUUAUGCACCCAUCCCAGUUGCCUUGUGUAGAGGUAAGGGAGCUUAUGUAUGGGAUGUAGAUGGUCGACGAUAUUAUGAUUUUCUUAGUGGCUAUUCAGCUUUAAAUCAAGGACAUUGUCAUCCUAAAAUAAUAGAUGCUUUAAAAACACAAGCUGAUAUUCUUACUUUAACAUCUAGAGCGUUUUUUAGUAAUGUGCUAGGGGAGUUUGAAGAGUAUGCCUCUAAAUUAUUUGGAUAUGACCGCGUUCUUCCAAUGAAUAGUGGCGCAGAAGGUGGUGAAACAGCUUGUAAACUUGCGAGGAAGUGGGCUUACAAAGUAAAAGGUAUUCCUGAAAAUCAAGCCAGAAUAAUAUUUGCUGAGAAUAAUUUUUGGGGAAGAACUCUUUCAGCAUGUUCAAGCUCAACGGACCCAGACUGCAAAAACGAUUAUGGUCCUUAUAUGCCUGGUUUCUAUAUUGUUCCGUACAAUGAUAUUUCAGCUUUAGAGGAAAAGCUUAAACACCCACAUACAUGUGCUUUCAUGGUCGAACCAAUUCAAGGCGAAGCUGGAGUUAUUGUUCCUGAUUUUGGUUAUCUUAAAAAAGUCCGCGAGCUUUGUACUAAAUAUAAUGUAUUAUGGAUUGCCGAUGAGGUACAAACGGGAUUAUGCCGCACUGGAAAGUUGCUUUGUGUGCAAUAUGAAGAUGCAAGACCUGAUAUAGUUGUACUCGGAAAAGCUCUAUCUGGAGGAACAAUGCCUAUAUCAGCUGUAUUAGCUGACGAUGAAGUCAUGUUAACAAUUAAGCCUGGUCAACAUGGUUCAACAUUUGGUGGCAACCCUCUGGCUAGCAAAGUUGCAAUAGCGUCUCUUGAGGUUUUGAUUGAAGAAAAUCUUGCAGAGAAUUCAAUGAAACUUGGUAAUAUUUUUAGAAAUGAGCUGUCGGCCAAACUUAAUUCUAAAGUUGCCACAAUAGUUCGGGGAAAAGGACUUUUAAAUGCUGUCGUUAUUCCAAAAACAAAAGAUUAUAAUGCUUAUGAUGUGUGUUUACGUCUUCGCGACAAUGGUCUACUAGCAAAACCAACACAUGGUGAUAUUAUUCGUUUUUCUCCACCUCUAAUUCUAAAUGAAGAACAAAUAUCAGAAGGAAUAGAAACGAUUGUUAAAACCGUCAACUCAUUUGCGUGACCAAGUAUAACUCGAAUUAUUAUGUUUUUAUGUAGUUUAAAUCUUUUUGAUGUAAAUAAAUCAAUCUUGUUAA